CUAUUUUCACCUUUAAAAGUUUUAAUGUCAUUCAAUCCAAAAACUUCCGGUUUAAAAUGGUGCUGGUGAAUCAGAGCGACUUCUAGCUGCAGGCGAACGAAAGAAGUUUAACUAAAUCGUUUGCCAGUCAAACUAUCUCAGGCAAACGAUCAUCGCAAACCCGAAAGUGCAUCGAAGCGACUGAACCGAUGUCUGCAGAUCAAUUUGCCGAAUCGGAAAGAGUGGUGAAGUUCCGUCGUACGGGUGAAAGUGCAAGGUCAGAAGAUGAUACCUGUUCUGGAGAACAUGAGAUUGAGAUAGAAGGGGUCCGAUCGGAACUGGAGCAAGUUGAACUGGGGGAUGGAGCCACUGUCCCCAGGGAUUUUGCAAAUCCUACAGAUGAUGUGUUCAUGGUGGAGGAUGCGGUCGAAGCCAUCGGAUUUGGAAAGUUUCAGUGGAAGCUCUCUGUCCUUACAGGAUUGGCAUGGAUGGCAGAUGCCAUGGAGAUGAUGAUCCUAAGUAUACUGGCACCUCAACUGCACUGCGAAUGGAGAUUGCCAAGCUGGCAAGUUGCCUUUCUAACCUCGGUGGUGUUUAUUGGAAUGAUGUCUAGCUCAUCGCUCUGGGGGAACAUAUCAGAUCAGUAUGGCAGAAAGACGGGUCUGAAAGUUAGCGUAAUCUGGACACUGUACUAUGGAAUACUGAGUGCCUUCUCACCAGUCUACAGCUGGAUACUUGUCCUCAGAGGCUUGGUAGGCUUCGGGAUUGGAGGUGUUCCACAAUCAGUAACGUUAUAUGCAGAAUUUCUUCCAAUGAAAUCGAGAGCAAAGUGUAUCUUACUAAUAGAGGUGUUCUGGGCCUUUGGGACAGUGUUUGAAGUACUGCUGGCAGUGGUGGUGAUGCCUACAUUAGGAUGGCGCUGGUUGCUCAUUCUUUCUGCAGUGCCUCUUAUGAUUUUUGCCGCCUUGUGUUUUUGGCUUCCGGAGAGUGCACGUUAUGACGUACUGUCUGGGAAUCAAGAGAAAGCUCUUGCGACGUUAAAGCGCAUUGCCACAGAAAACGGAGCACCGAUGCCACUUGGAAAACUGAUAGUUGCCAGGCAGGAGGACCGUGGUCGUAUCCGGGACCUCUUCACUCCAGAGUUUCGAAUGACCACCAUCCUGUUAUGGUUCAUUUGGUUUUCCAAUGCGUUCUCCUAUUAUGGAUUGGUUUUGUUAACCACAGAGCUUUUCCAGGAAGGUGAUGUGUGCAGCAUGACGGCAGGUGGGAGGAAGCCUGAGGGAAGGUGUUCACUGGACUGCAAGUUCCUGAAUGCCACUGAUUACAAAGAUCUUCUCUGGACAACAUUGUCAGAAUUUCCAGGUGUCUUAGUGACUUUGUGGAUCAUUGACCGCAUUGGCCGUAAGAAGACGAUGGCCGUCUCUUUCGUCAUCUUCUCAUUCUUCGCCCUGCUCUUAUUUGCAUGUGUCGGGAGGUUUGCCCUCACUGUAUUCCUCUUCAUCGCCAGGGCAUUCAUCUCUGGUGGUUUUCAGGCUGCAUAUGUCUAUACACCCGAGGUUUACCCGACUGCCACUCGAGCACUGGGCUUGGGGACAUGCAGUGGGAUGGCACGCGUGGGAGCGCUCAUUACUCCCUUCAUUGCACAGGUCAUGUUGGAAUCCUCAGUCUAUCUAACGCUUUCAGUAUACAGUGGAUGCUGCCUAUUGGCAGCAUUUGCUUCCUGCUUUUUACCAAUCGAGACGAUGGGACGAGGUCUUCAAGAAUCGAGCCAGCAAGAAUGGGGUCAAGAAAUGGUGGGCAGAAUGCAUCAUUCAAGCAGCUCAAACAGGAGCACCUAGCACACGUUUAUCACAAGAAAAAAUUAGCUCUAGAAAGAAGAAAUGGCCUUACAAGAAGCAGACAAUAUCGUGACCAUACUAGUAUGUACCCAUUCGGCUGGUUAAUAACUCCGUGAGUAUGAGGUGGGAAUCAAAUAUAAUAUGUUGCGCAUAUACAUAAAAAUUGAAAAGAAUCCUCCAACAACUUUGCAAUGUUGUAUAAAAGGACAUCCACAAAAGAUUGGAAUAUAAAGGUGGAAUUAAAAAUAGAAUGUAAGGGAGGGACCUGCCUUUCAUACAUAGCCAUUUAUUCAGCUGUAAUACAGACAAGCUUUGCUAUUUACAAACUGCUAUCAUUACUUGUAACAGAAAAUAUAUCAUUGCCACAUGUAUCCAACAAAUUUCAAUAAACUAGUCUAACCAAUGUCUUAUAGUUUACCAUUCAGUCUCAUUUUCAAUGAGUUGUUACUCAUUUGUGCAGCGGUAACCAGAAAAUGUGAAAGCAUGGUAUUCAGAACAUCUCUAUGAAUCCUUUGGAGAUGUUAUUGUGUGUGCAGAUAAUAGGCUGCCUUUUUAUCACUACAUGAACAGCAAAUUAAAAAAGAUAGUUUCCAGUAUGUGCAUCUGCUGCUGGAACCCUAUGCCACUAGAACAAUCUCAAGAGAUGCCAUUGAAGGCCAGUUUGUAUUAGCAAGGUUUGUCUGUAAUACUGUAUCACGCACUGAGAUUGCUUAAUAAACCUGUCACUUUAAAACAAUAAAAAUGUAUGGGGUUGCACCUCUUUAUGGGAAUCUUAGUUUUUUUUACUGCGAUGUUUAUGUAUAGUGAUACAUGAAUGUAACACUAUAAUCAUGCACUAAACUUCAAUCAGAUGUACUGCUAAACUGGUAAUGUCCCAAUAUAACUCUUCUGUAGUGAAACAAUGAUAUCCUGCAGUGCCAUCUCCUGCUGCUUUUGUCAGCUGUCUCACAAUAACAACCUCCUGUUGUUUAUCUGUCACAACAGGCCAUUCUGUGAUGCUAAUCCCAUAUUAAACUUGAUUAUGCCUUGUUGACAAUUGCCAGAAUUGGCCUGUCUCUGAUGCUAAAAUGAUACCAUCAGGACUGACUUAACGUGAAUCUACAGAGACUGACGUUUUAAGUGAAACAUAGUGGUGAUAGACCAAUUGGUCAUUGUAAAUUGUCCUGUGAUUAGGCUAGGAUUAAAUCAGGAUUGCUGGGCUGCACAGCUUGAAGGACCUAUUCUGUACUGUAUCUCAGUAAGUAAAUAAAUAGAUCCCAACAAUUUUCCAUGUUAGAAUUAUUUAAUUUUAAUGCAAAUUUUCGGUAUUUCCUUCAGUGUUUCAGUAAUACUACAAGGAUAAUACGAUAGUAUUUAUCAAAGGUUUGAUUCUCACUGCUGCCUGUAAGGAAUAUGUACGUUCUCCCUAUGACCACUUGGGUUUUCUCUGGGUGCUCUGGUUUCAUCCCACAGCUGAUAGACAUACCGGUUGGUAGGUGAAUUGGCCAUUGUAAAUUGUCCCGUGAUUAGGGUUAAAUUGAUUGCUGAGCAGUGUGGUUUGAAGGGCCAAUGGGCCUACUCACGCUGUAUCUCAAUUUAAAAAAAACGUAGAGAGGACCUCACCCCCAUCACAAUCUCUAACCAAGUGUCCUAUGGAUCUACUAAUUAGUUUCCUCUCAACUCCUAAAAGAAGCUGUGAUCGCUUUCACUGAGAAAAAACAAUAACUGCUUGAAGACAAAGUAAUGGGCAUGGUAAGAGCUAUUAGGUUUUUAAUAAAAAUCAAUAAUAUAUUACAAACUCUGCCAACUGUGUUAAGUUAUGCUCAACACAUUAUGCUAGAAUAUCUUAUUAAAUAUAAUCGAACAUGCAUGUAAUCAUUGGGAAAAACUGAGAAUAAAAAAUGAUUGUUUAAGUUGGUCUGGGAUUUAAAUUGCAAAUUAUGAUUGCAUUUGCUCAACAUAAGCUGCUUGUGUAUUGAAAUGGAAAUAAUCUAAAAAAAAAUCCAAAAGCACUUAGAAUUUAGGUAUGAUCACUGCAAAAUUCCACAGGUCCCAAUAAAAUGAAUGACAUGGUUUUCUGUUCCUCAUUUCUAAACACCCUGCUCUUGCUGAGAAUAAAAUAAUAGUGCUGGGGUUCUCAGAACGCCAGUAGUGGAGCAUUGGGACCCUUAGAGAAAUGGCAUUUUAACUCCUUCUUCUAGUGUUCUGGACAUCUCCAUUUGGAGGAUCUUUUGUAAAGUAUUAGAUCGAGAUCUUUAAUGUCAAUCUGCCAGCUAGCUGGAACCUCAGCCUCGUGUUUUAUUUGAAAGAUGGCAAGUGCUGCAUUUGCUUAAUGCUGCAAUAUCAACAUAGCCAAUUCAUGCUGAAAUACAGGAAUUAACCCACACACUUUAAAUCUGGGGGGGGGUGUCUCUACAAUAAGGAAUAGGAUGGAAGAUGUAUCAUUUAGAUUUGUAAAAACUUUUUUCUAUCCAUAAAUAUUAUUAAUGUUACUUAUUCAUCUAAAAAGUUUCCAUCAUUAAUAUGUCCUUCUGUCUGGUACUGUAAAUACUGGACACUAAAUUUCACCUGGGCCUUAGUACUAUUAAAUUUGGUUCUACUGUACAUUAGAGGCAUUCUGAGAGCCCUAGAUUCACCGCGAUUUUCGUAGGAUUGCUAUACUCAGUUUGUAUCAUAAUUACCAUUUAUAUUGCAUUUGUAACAUUAAAAAAAUGUCUCAGUGCCAUUCUUGGAUCAUAAAAUUGAAACAGAAAGAAAUGAGCUAUGCAGUGGGAGACGCUAAAGUAUGUUGAAACAUCU